GUCAUCGUUAGCGGCCGUUCUUAAUUCAGUUGACCAACAGACGCAGACGACGUCGCAGACGCGACACGCGACUAAAAAAUAUAGCUAAAAAGAAGUUAUAUAUAUAAUUGAAAAUUAUAGAAUUCCCACACAGUUAUAUAUAGCUGCGGUGUAUAUUUGCGUAGGAUACGAUACUACGAGUGCAUUCGUUAUUCAACUUCGCAGUUUUUUGAGUAUAAAUCAAAAAAACGCGCGCGUUUUCGAAAAAGUUACACGACUUAAAUUUAAAAAAAAGCUCCAUCACAAUCCCAGCGGGAUCAGCGGGAACGGGAACAGGAGCCGGAGCAAGUGCAGCAGCGGAUGCCCACAAGAUGGUGCACCACAGCAACGAGGAUGCCAUGAACAAGAUACCACUGAAGUCCGCCGGCGGAUUGGACUCCGACGAGGAGAAGAAUGGCGGCGAACUCAUGCAGGACACCGCCGCCGCCGAGGAGGCGCGUCGCGAACAGAUGCGCGUAAAAGUUUUGGCCUGGAUGAAGAAGCUAACCAUCGUGCUAAUCUGCUUUAUCGGCAUUGCCCUGAUCAGCUACGUGAUUAUUAGCCUGUGUUUCAGUGACUGGCCUAAAUCGACGCCAAAUAGAAACAACACAACAACCACAACAACAACAACGACAGCAACACCAACAACAAUAAGCACAGAGGCAACCAUACCAACAAUUGCACCAUCAGGAUUAGCAACAACAAUAAGCACCAGCACAACAACAAUAGCAACAAUAGCAACAAGUGCAACACAACAACCACCAACAGCAACAACAACAACAACAAGAACAACAACCACUAGCAGAACAGAUAGCAAUCCCAGCCCCACACCUAAAACAUUUCAUUUAACAGAUGAUGAGCAGCAACGGGAACCGGAAACGGAAACGGACAACAUUGGCAACCUCAAUCUGGGAAUCACAAACACAGCGACCACGCCAUCGGACGACGUCCUGCCCAAUGUGGCCGCCUCCACGGCGGCAACGACGGCGGCACCACCCACCUGGCUAGCGGAUCAGAUCAAGAUCGAUACCAGCGAACAUUACAACUCGGUCCUGGGUGUCUACCAACAUGGAGCCGUGAGUUCCGAUAACCUCGAGUGCAGCAAGAUCGGCAGCGGCAUCCUGCAGAAGAAUGGCAGCGCGGUGGAUGCAGCGAUCGCCGCCCUCCUGUGCAACGGCCUGCUGACCCUGCAGAGCAUGGGCAUCGGUGGUGGCCACCUGAUGAACAUCUACAACCGGAAGGAGCGCCACGCAACCGCCAUCGAUGCCCGCGAGGUGGCGCCCUACGAGGCCACCGAGGACAUGUUCGCCCAGCAGCCGGAGAAGUCCGACCAGGGACCGCUGAGCAUCGCUGUGCCCGGCGAGGUGAUGGGCUACCAUGUGGCGCAUCAGAAGUUUGGAAAGCUGCCGUGGGCGGAUUUGGUCGCACCAUCGCUGGAGCUCUGCGAGAAGGGAUACCAUGUGUCGCAGCACAUGGAACGGUCCCUGGGUAUGGCCUUGUCGUACAUCAAGGAGCGCGAGCAGUACCAAACCUAUCUGAAUGCGGAAACUGGCAAACCCCAUGUCGCCGGAACGGUAGUGAAGCCGCCCAAAAAUCUCUGCAAGACCUACAAGCUGCUGGCCGAGAAUGGACCCAUGGACAUGUACAAUGGAACGAUAGCCAAGUUGCUGGCGCAGGAUCUGCAGGACAUGGGCAGUAUUAUUUUGGCCGAUGAUCUGGAGUCAUACGAGGCCGAUGUGAUCAACUCCAUUACCAUGGACUUGGGUGACGACACCUUGUAUGUAAUGCCUCCGGUCAGUUCCGGUUCGGUGGUGGCCCACAUUCUGGCCAUCCUGCAGGGCUAUAACUUCACCGCACAGGAUCUGUCCACGGAUGAGCUGAAGGCGCGCACCAUCCAUCGAUUUGCCGAGGCCAUGAAGUUCGCCUUUGCCCAGCGUCCAGAAUUGGGCGAUAUGCAUUUCAUCGAUGCGCGAGAGCUGGUUAGCCGGCUGAAUAGUCCGGACUUUGGCGAUCAGAACCGGGCCAAGAUCAAUGAUUCCCACGUGCUGCCCGAUGCCCAGGCGUAUGGCGCCAACUUUGCCGCCAUCGAUGAUCUGGAUGGCACUUCGAAUUUGGUUGUCUUGGCGCCCAACGGUGAUGCCGUCUCAGUGACCAGCUCAAUCAAUUCCUAUUUUGGCUCCGGAUUAAUUGGAUCCCGUACGGGUAUUGUUCUCAACAACGGAAUGAACGACUUUGCGGUGGAGAACAACUUUUUUGAAUUGCCCCUGUCGCAGUCGAAUAAAAUCGAGGCCCACAAGCGGGCGAUGUCCUCGCAAUCGCCGAUUCUUCUGGCCGAUAAGGAGGGCAACAUGAAGAUGGUCAUCGGAUCAGCUGGAGGCAGCAAGAUCAUUCCGGCCGUGGUUGAGGUGGUCGCCAAUGUUUUGUGGUUCGGCAAGGAUCUACGCCAAGCGGUUGAUGCACCGCGCUUCUACCAUCAACUGAUGCCCGAUGUCUUGGAGUACGAGGAGGAUGGCUUCUCGGAAUCCCUGCUCCAAUUGCUGACCAAACGGGGACACAAGUUGAAGGCCAUUUCCGGGAAAACUGGAUCCAUUGUCACGGCCAUUUCGAGAAAUGCCACAGCGAUCUAUGCGAAUGCCGAUUAUCGCAAACGCGGCGGAGUUGCAGGUUUCUAGGGUGAGGAGUUGAAGUUGAGGUCACCCAACCAACCAACCAUCCACCCAUCCACCCACUCACUCAUACACGCAUACGUCACACACACACAGACACUCACACACCAUACACGCACGGAAACAUUGCAUUGAGAUUAGAGUAGAACUGCCCGAAAAAGAGAGCAAUUUCCAUGGAACAAGAGAGUAUAAAUGGGCAGAUCUGGUUUAGAGAGUGGUAAAGCAGAUCGAUCGCAUCAAGUGAAAGUAUUUAAGCUAGCUAUGUCUUUUUUACAUACUAUGUAUAUCGUACGUUAUAUAAAUUUAUAUGCUACUACCUAACUACUACCUUAUACAAUAAAAAUAAAAACGAACAAAAACCAAGAAA